CUCGAAGCAAGGGAUUCAGGAGAACUUUCCUCUCAAAUAGAAUGUGAUCCUAAACAGCAAACUUUUGCAAUCACAGUGACAAUUGAGAAGGAAAUGCAAAAGGAGAUCCCAAAUCCAGAAGAAAUACAAGAAGAAAGAAACACGGAGUUCCAGCUAGUCAAAGAAGAGAAUGAACCGAGUUUCAAGGUCCAAUAUCUGACCUUAUCAUCCUUUGAGGUAUCUCCAUCAUCCCUGGACUCUUUAAGAGAAACUCAUAAACUUGAAAAGGACAAUGGCAUUUCUGAAAUCUCCUUCAAAAUUGAGGGAUCGAAAAACUUCUCAUUGACCAUGCUAAACGAUAAUUUCUUCCCCUUCCUCCCACCACAUGAAUCAAUAAAAAUCUGGAUAUUUGAUCCUGGAAAGAUUUCCAAAGUGAAGAGUCGAGAAAUUUAUCAUUCCUAUGAAGGUCCUAGGAGUGAAAGUGUGAAGAAGAUAAACUAUCACGAUCCAAGUUUACAUGACUGAACACAAUGAUGGCGUCGUGCAGCGACGUUAAAUAAGGCGCUUCUUGGGAGGCAACCCAUGUAAGGUAUGUUUACUUUUUAUUCUAGUUUAAGUUUACACUUCAAAAAAAAAAAAAAAAAAAAAAAAAAAAGAGGCCUGGGGAUUGAACCCGGCCCGGUAUAAAACCCAACCCGGUCGGGCCCCUUCAUAAAACACAGCACCCGGCCGAAUCACCCGGGCGAGGCAGUUGUGGAAUAGAGGAAAAAUGAACAUACCCGACCGGGUAACUUCAAUACACCCGGCCGGGCAUGUUCAUUAAAAACAUUCUGGAUAAUCGGGAGUUAGGCCCGACCGGGUCAACUUACCCCACCCGGCCGGGUCGUCGCGAAUUAUUUCACCGACUGAGCUGGCCACCCUCUUCCUCACUUCCUCUUCUGCAAACACGAACCAAACUCCACCAAAACACCAUUUUCAAACUCCAUAUAUUUGAAUCCUCUCCAUUUCUACACCAAAUCCAUCAAAAAAAAAAUCAUGCUCAUCAUCUCCUCCUCACCCUCUACAUUUCCAUACCCACCAAACAACCCACAACCCACCAAAAAUCCAAAUCACCUUACUCCACAAACAGCAAAAGCCGAAAUUUCCUCAACCAAAAAGAAAGAAAUGACACCAAAAAGGGCAAAGAGAUUCAUUCUCUUGGACAUCUCGGACACAAGCACUAGGGACAGUGCUUUGAUUAGCAUGGGGGGAGAAUUUCAGGGAAAACUCAC